CCUGUCGUUGCUCUUCCGGUUUUCCCAAACAGUAUGGCGAAUCUCACGCAUGCUGAAGACCCACAACAUGUGAAAAUGUCCGGCGAGGUCUCCGCCGCCACUGCUCAAGACCAGCCGGCCGACGUGUCCUCUGUGGCGGGCAGAGGCGGCGCCGCGGUGCCGUGCUGCAUCCCGUCGUUCGCAGCCGCCUCCGAGCUGCUGUCAGCGCCGUACUCGUGUCUGGUCACCAGCACGCACCGGAGACACAUCGGCCUGCCGCCCGUGUACCUGAACAAGAAAAAGACAGGUAUUCAAGAGGAGCUGGCAGCCGAGCUGCUCAAGUUCUCAGAGAGUCUAAAGGGAGUACCCUUGGCGUAUGACAACAUCAGGAUAGUGGGCCAGCACGGAGACAUCUAUGACGACAGCGGCUACGUCCACAUGGACAUCGAGGCCAACUUUAUUGUCUUUCAGCCUAAAAGAGGACAGAAACUGCUGGGGACGGUUAAUAAACUAGGUGUAAGCCACGUGGGCUGCCUGGUGCAUGGCUGCUUCAACGCCAGCAUCCUCAAACCCAACCUGGUCUCUGUGGAAACUUGGCGGGACGCAGGGCCAAGAAUCGGUACAGAGCUGGAGUUUGAGGUGACUGCACUCGACGCUGACUCUGUGGGAGUGCUGCUCAUCAGAGGUCGACUGGACAGGACCAGGGUGCAGGAGCUACUUGCUAUUGGUGAGAGCUCAAAGUCCGGUGUCACCACAGACCAGCCAGAAUCGCCAGAAACAGAAGCAAAGCCAGAAUUGAACCCAGAACCCACAGAGGACUCUCCCGUCAACACCCCCAAGAAGAAAAAGAAAAAGAAGAAAGACAAAGUCAAAGAGGAGGAGACAGAGAUGCCAGUGGGUGGUGACACUGCACCAGAGCUGAAUGGAACAAUGGAUGAAGCAAAUGGCAAUGAAGUUGGUAAGAAAAAGAAAAAGAAGAAGAAGGAAAAACAUCUGAAAGAAGAAGAGGAGGAGGAGACUGAGGUCUCACCCAUGGAGGUCCACGGCAGUGACUCCAGCGGGUACAUUAGUGACAAGCCAAGCAAAAAGAGGAAACAUGAAUCUGGAACAGAUGUCACUUCUGGUUUUAGUGAAGAUCCUGAGCCACCAAAAUCCAAGAAGAAGAGGAAAAGCGGCAUUGAGCAGUUUGCCUGAAGAAUUAAUCAUGUUCUGUUUGGAAGUCAGGUUAAAUGUGUAUAAUAACUAAGGAAUAUACUGACGUGCCUUAACAGUUAGACACAAUUCUGGUGGGUUCUUCUGAGAUCCCCUAAAGUCAUUUAAACAGAGGAUCGGACUUCCAAAGAAAGCGUUUUCUACACAAGUGGACAGAAGUAGACUUGUCAGAUCGUUCUUUGUUGGAUUGCAGUUCCGUCAUACUGCCUGAUGGGGGAGCACAACUGCUUCAUACAUCCACACUGGGAUACAAAAACACAGUCAUGUCAUCUGUUAAACAUGGUGCACAGAACUAAUAAACCAGGUAUUUUGCUUUGAAUUUAUGCAGCCACACGAGAACACAUAAAUUGACAUCAAUCCUCUGUACCUACUUCGGUACAGAAGGAAGACUGGACAACUGAGACUGCCGAGCUCAAUUUAAGAAAAAAUAUUUCUAAAAGCUUUUCUCUCUCCUCACGUGCCUCUGUGCGGUCUUUCAAUGGGUCGUCUUGAAUCAUAGCUGCAUGUUUUACUACCAAAAAUUUGCGAUUUUCACUCAGCUUAUUGAAAAAAAUGUAUCAUGCACAGUGAUGAACAGUGCAGUCAUGAAGUGUUAUUUCUUCAGUGUUGCAUCGACAUUGUGUUUUUGGCUGUAAACCAACAGAAACGCAAUAUUCAGUUUUCCUCCCAAUUAAAGAGCUCUAUAUUUUGAAAAUGCUUCUGUUUUAAGUCUUGUGAUUUUUGAUCACAGGUGAAGGAAAGCUGUGGAAAUGCACAACAUUGUUCUGAGAAAAAUACAUCCCUGUUAUGAUUAUGAAUACCAAGAUUUCUUGUUUUUCAUGGCAAAUUUCCUCCUGCAACAAACUCUUUUAUGCUGACCACUCGGUGUCAAGUGAUAAAGUGCAGAGAGACGG